GGUGGUAUAAAUGUUCGUCAGUAAGAAAAGUGAAACAAGAAAUUGAGCUGAAUUCUUGUUUUUUUUUUCUCGGCUAAAAUCGAAAAAACGAAAAAACGAGCCGUUUCUGGUUCCUGCCUGUGUCAAUUGUACCAAAGUUACGGAACUUCAGUUCCCCUUCAAGUUUCCACUCGUACUUAUUGAAACUGUCUGCGUCCGAUCACUGAGCGAUGGAAGCCGGAGGGACGAUGGAGGUGGCGGCGCUCGGCCGACCUUUCUGCCUCGGGAUGUUGUACGACUGUCGGAGAGAUCAACUCGUGCCCGGACUGACCCUUUGGGACCACGAGGACUUGAAAAAUAACAUAAGAGAAAAGCCACAGAACUACAGCGAUUUUGAAAUUAUUGCAUCUGAAUCGAUUGAAGACAAAUCUCAAGCUCUGAAGGUUGAAGCAUCACUGAAGGCCAGUUUCCUGAGUGGACUGGUUGAGGUUGGCGGUUCGGCCAAAUACCUGAAUGACAAGAAGGCUUCCAAAGAUCAGGCCAGGGUCACUCUGCAGUACAAGGCCACCACAAAGUUCCAGGAACUGUCGAUGUAUCAUCUCGGAAGAGGCAACGUCAAGCAUCCGUAUGUUUUCGAUAAAGGAAUAGCGACACACGUAGUCACGGCUAUUACUUAUGGGGCACAAGCUUUCUUUGUCUUUGACCGCAGCGUGUCAGAAAAGGAAGAUCAUCAAGACAUUCAGGGCAACUUGAAAGUGAUGAUCAAGAAGAUCCCGGGCCUUGCUAUUGAGGGUGAAGGUUCCUUGAAUAUGGAAGACAAGGACAUCGCAAAUGUUAAGGAAUUCUCCUGCAGAUUCCACGGAGACUUCUCCCUUCAGAAACCUCCGUCAUCCUUUCAGGAUGCCGUAGAGGUCUAUCAAAACCUGCCAACUUUGAUGGGAGUCCACGGAGAAAACACUGUGCCCAUGAGGGUCUGGCUGUUGCCCCUGACAGUUUUAGAUUCCACUGCUGCUCAUCUCAUCCGUCAGAUAAGUAUAAGAUUAGUUCAGGGGGUACAGAGAGUCCUGGAGGACUUCAGUGAGCUGGAGAUGAGGUACAGUGACGCACUGAGAACAGCAACUGCACAUCAGUUCCCACAGGUUGGCAAAAAGCUGAAAAGUUUCAAACAAAUGUGCCUCUUGUUCAAGCUGGAAUUUCAACAGAACUUGGCAAAGAAACUUCAAUCGAUCCGAGGAGGUGGCGAAGAGGAGGCUGCGCUGGCAGAGAUUCUGAUGAAGAAACAAUCUUCUCCUUUCAACAGUGAGAACCUGAACGUGUGGAUGGACUGUAAAGAGAGAGAGAUAAGCAUUUUAAAAUCUUUCACUAACAUGAUGAAAAACACAAAGAUCAUCCCGUCUCAGAAUGGUCUUCAUGAGGAAACGCUCAGUGCAGAGCACGCGGUGUGUUUCAUUUUCACCUCGCUGGGCAGUGCUGAGCCGUACCUCUCCGCUUUGUCAAACUACCUCAAAGUAUCAAUCAAACCGGACGACCCUCAAGAUCCACAUGCUCAUGAUGUCGAGAAGGAGCAGUGGUACCUUUCCAAACAAGUGUUUGACACAUUAAGAGAAAAAGCAAAGCUCUUCAGUGACUUUGCAGAAGCAAACAAGGAGAACAAGAAGAUCAAGUUCCUGACAGUGGGUUUGACAAACGACACUCAUAAAGGUUCAAGCAUCUACCUUUAUAAAGACGGUUCCUCUCUCAGUGAGAACUUUGAACCACCUUCCAAACCUGAAACUGUGACAGUGAGUGACAUUAACCACAACAGUGUGACACUGAAGAUAACUCCACCCGGAUGUGGAGCAGAGAACAUCACCUCCUACUCUGUUGAGUACAGUGUCAGUGGAAAGGACGGAUGGCAACAAAAGACGGCAUCAGACGCUGAAGUCACCGUGAGCGGUCUGAGUCCUAACACCAAGUAUGUGUUCAGAUGCAGAGCUGUCACCUCAGUAGGUGUUGGGCCAGUCAACCAGGUCAAUGAGUCAGUUAAAACUCUGUCUUGCAGCCCUCCCGGAAAACCUCAAGUUGAACCAACCUCAAGUGACAUAUCAGUUAGUUGGCAGAGACCUGCUGAGCCCGGACAAGAUGUCCAGAUCCUGAGCUACAUCGUGGAAUACGCCCAAACAGACGAGGGAGGAGAUCUCCAGUGGAACCAAACGAUGUCAAGAGCUGAAAAGGUGAUAGUGUCAGGGCUUCAGUCAGAGUCAGAGUAUGUUGUCAGGGUCAUGUGUGACUGUGGUGCUGCUGGCAGAAGCAAACACAGCAUCACUGUAACAGUCUGCACGACAAAAGUCUCACCGCUCACGGAAUUCCUCAAACGUAAGAGCAAAAAGAUGAUUUCUGAGAGUCCGUCAGUUUACAAACUGCCGCUGACCGAAGACGACGUGGGCGCGAUUGGAUGCCGGAGGUUAAACUUUGGCAAAGAAAGCGCGAGGAAAAAUCGGACCAUUGUUCUUGUUGGAGUGUCUGGAUCACAAAAGUCCACUCUGAUCGAUGGAAUGAUCAACUACAUUGUUGGUGUAGAGUGGAAGGACAAUUUCAGGUUCACACUGUUUGAUGAGAGAAAGGCGUCAGUCAGCACCGUGUACAGGAUCAACCAUCAGGAGGGUUUUAAGAUCGACUACUCACUGACCAUUGUUGACACUGGAGAUGAUGGAGGUUCAGAAAACUUCUCAGAGUCGCACAGAACGAGUCAUUUUAAUCCCUCCAUCAAUGAAUAUGCGAAGGAAGUUGACGCCCUGUGUUUCGUGGUGCCGGCUCCUUUAGAGCGACUCACAGAAACACAGAAACAUCUGUUUUAUUCACUGACCAAAAGCUUCAGCAAAGACGUGUCGGAAAAUAUCAGGGUUCUGGUCACAUCUGCAGACGGCGGGCGUCCACCAGUUCUCAGGGCGAUCAGUGCCGGGGACGUCCGGUGUCCGAAAGCGGAGGACGGACUGCCGCUUCACUUCAAGUUCAACAACUCUGCAUUGUUUGCACACAACAAACCGUCUGCAGCAGAGAGCACGAGCGAGGACGGUGAAGAAGAAAACUAUGAUCAGAUGUUUUGGAACAUGGGAUCAAAAAGCAUGAAGAUGUUUUUCGUGGCUUUGAAUGAAAUGGAAACCAAAAGCUUGGCAAGGACGAACGAGGAUAUUAGAGAUGCACUGCUGCAAAUUGCGAGGGAUCUUGAGAAUGAUGGCAAAUUUCAAUCACAACUGGCACUCCUCCAUAGGUCAUAAGCCCCGCCCCCUCCAUGUUAGCAGGUGGGACAUGUAGAUGUUUCUGUCAUGUGAGGUCGUUCUUAUCACACUGAUGUUUGUUCAUGUGUUCAAGUUUCUGAUCACUUUGCUUUUCAUUAGUUAUUUGAUGACAUAAAAACGGGUGAUGAUUGACGACGUAGUUUAGUGAAAGUCGAAUCGGAUUCUCUGAGCAGCGCUGUCGGCUUUUCCUGAUUCCUAUCAGUUCUCCUUGACCUCAUGACGUUUUCCACUUAGGUCAAGGAAUAGUAGAGAGGAAGGGCAAUUCGACUUCACCCCUAAUCCACGUGACGUGACCAGUACAAGAUUGGCUUAAUUUUUGAUUUAAAUGAGAGGAAGAAGAGACGUGUCGUCGUCUUUAUAUACAGUCGGCGAUCGUCUUCAUAUACAGUUAGUGAUCAUCUUCAUAUACAGUCAGUGAUCGUCUUUAUAUACAGUCAG